AAUAAAUGGAAAUCAAUAAUAGUAAAUAAAAAUAAAUAAGAAUAAUAAAGAAAUUAUAAUUUUUCUGUGUAUUUCUUCAAAAAAUUAUUUUAGAAUUCUAUUACAUCCAAUCUAUUUAUACGUUUACGUAUGAUUAGUAAUGUAAAAUGUAUGUACUUUAAUGUUUAGUUGGAAUUGGAUUGAGAAGAUUUUGGAAAAGUCUUGAAAUAUGCAACCAUUGUCGUCGUCGUCGUCGUCGUUGGUUCUAUUCGGUUAUUUUAUUUGUAUAAUAUAUUAUAUUUGCAUAAACUAUUCUCGAAAAAAUACCAUUUUUUAACACGAUUUUUUUCAAAGAAAAUGAAGCGUCUUCAAAAAUCCGUCAGAGGCACCGUAAAUUUAUACUUUGUCUUUAAAACGAGACUUUGUUCACCAAAAUUGGUCAAUAAUUAGGCCUCUUUUCCUUGAUGGUAUAAAUCAUUAAAAAACGAAGGGUGAUGAACAGCCUUAAUGAAGUUUUGUUAAUAAAUAUAGCUAAUAUAAAAAAAAAAAAAUUGAAGGUAGUCAUAUGUAGUAUAUUUAAGAUAUUUUAUAAUAUUUAAUAUGACUGCAUGUAAUAUAAAUAUUGAAAAAAAUAUGUCAGCUGAUAAAUGUGUUAUAAUAAUAGCAGGAAUACCAGAUGAUGUAUAUUUUUGUCAUAUAUGUUAUAUAGCUGAAAACUUGGCAAAGAUCUUAUCAAAUUUUAAAUAUAACAAAAUUUUUAAAAGUGCACUUGAAUGGAAGUCAUGGCUUGAAAAAAUUUGUUAUCGUUGGAAUUGGUCACAUACAAAAUCACCAUUAAUCUGGAGAAAAGUUGGUUUAUCUAAAAAUAAUGUUACUUAUAUUGGAGGUGUUAAUCAAUUUUGGGAAUUUUUGCACUUAUAUUAUAAUAUUAGUGAUUAUAUUACAGAAGAUGAUCUUAAAAAAUUACAAUUGGAUUACUCACUUGUAAAAAAAAUAUUCAAUUAUAAUAACGAUUCUGUUAUAAUUCUUAACAUUACAGUAUUAGGUGCUGGCAAAGCAUUAUGUGUAGACUUAAUACCACAAUUAAUAACAAUUAAAGAAUUAUGGUUAACGCAUGGUAUCAUCAUUAAUUUAUAUGACGAACCUGAUUGUUAUUUUAAAAUUAAACACAUUGUUCAAGAUAUGGAGGCAAUAGGAGCUGGUUUAUAUGUAGCAAGAAUUAUAAAAAAUGUUUCAGAUGGGUUAUAUGAUUGUGAUAUAUUAAUUAAUUUAGAUAUUGUAUCAAAAGAAGAAAAUGAAAGUAUUACUUCUUGGUUACGUAAUAAUUAUAAUAGUAUGGCUAAAUUAGCAAAGCAGAUAAACAGAUACGCAUCUCCUGAAAUGAAAGUACUUUUUUGUUCAAUGAGUGCAAGUUGUUUCUGUGUAAAUGUGCUUCAUGCUUUAGUGACUAAAUUACCAAAGACUAAUAUCGUAGCUGUUAGUUCUCACUAUGGAUUAGAAAUUGUUUAUAAUUUUCUGACAAAGUUUAAUUUACCUAUAUACAAUUUUGGUUGUCCUCCAGUAUGGGGAUUUUUGGGAAUUAAUUAUUUUGUGGAUGUAUGUCAUAUGGUCCAAAAAUAUGAAGUAUAUAAACCAAAUAAUAGAGCUAUGUUUGCAGAAAAAGGUACUACUCUACCUUUGGGAUUUAAAUAUCCAGAAUUACGAUAUUUUUGUUACUUAGCACAUGAUAAAAAUCCUUAUAAAGGACAUUUGGAACGUAAGGCAAUUCUUCAAUAUCAAGUCGGUCGUACUGAAAAUUUGCAAAUAUGCAAAGCAAUUUGUGAUCUGUUAAAAUUAUGGUAUGCCGAUACAGAAAAUAUUGGAGAUGAAAUUAUUUCUUUGGGAAUAUCAUCUGAUGGCAGCUUUGGAAUUCCCAAAGGAUUAGUAUUUUCACAACCUGUACAUUUAAAAAUUUUAAAAGAUGGAUCGCGCAUAUGGUUGCCAUUUACUGAUUUCCCAUUACCUUGUAUGCCAUUACAGAUAUUUAACAAUUUGAUUUUAACUGCAGUAAUUUUGAAUAAACAAUUAAUAAAAGGAUAAAUUAUUAUUAUUAAUGAUAAUAAUAAUUUAUUCUUUUGAUAAUAUAUUAUUAAUGAUCCUGAAAAAUAAAAUUCAAAGAAA